AUGCCUGGAUCUAUCAAGUCUCUUAAGCGUCGGCCUACAGCCAAGUCAGCUGCCAAGCGCAUCGGCCGAAUGUUCAAGCGUAUAAACAGCGAUGACCCUGAGGCAACUUCACCUGCAGAUUCGGGCUUCUCCAAGGACUCGUUUGAAAGUUCUCGAGUUUCGACAUCUUCUCGAUUCUCUACGUCCUCAAGUAUGACUGCAAAGGAGAAUAUCGAGCAGCCUCGGCCUCCUGUAUCUCGAUACGACACUGCACCACCGAAAGAACGUGAAGUGGUACCCCCUCACCCGUUCUUCUCGUCCAACUCAGAGCCACUUCUUGAGCAUGGCAAGCCUGUUGGGCCUGGUAUGCCAGUUCAAACUGAGAAAGUGAUUGAGCCCGGCACGUUGCCUUCACCUGUUGACAAAGAGUUAGGGGAUGAACCCAAGUUGUCCCAAACAAAGCUUGAACACAAGCCUCAGUUGGUUGAGAAGCCUGAGGAUAUGGACAACACAUCAGAGUCACUUCAGCAGAUCACUACACCCAAGCAAGCACCACGCCCUUUGCCAGAGCCCCCAGUAAAGAAGAAUGUACCUCCUGAACCCAAGUCGCCGAUUCUCCCAAGAAAAUUCAGAGAGGAGUCCAAGGUCACCCCUCAGCCAUUGCUCAAGUUCGAGGUGAAGAUGUCACAGAAGCCCGAUCCAAAGGUCGAGCCAAAGGUUGAACCCAAGCCAAAAGCUGAGCCGAUAAAGAAGACGGCAGUUCCACCUCCAACUGUGGAAGAUGAGCCGGAGCCUAUCGUCAUGCCCGUCAAGGAACAAGCAAGACCCAAGCCCAAAGCUGGACUCCAACACAGCCCUCCAAUCGUUGACCAUCAGGCGGUAUCUAAGGCUCACCCUAAGGAUGUCCAGCCAAAGAUGGAACCAAAACUCCAACCAAAGACUCAGAUUCAUAAGAAGAGCUCACCUGUGCAGCCUCUUCCUAGUUCUGAAGUCACCCAAAAGCCAUCAAAGGCACCGUCUUCAGAAGUCCCAGCUACUUCAUCAGCGCCAAGUGUUCCCACGACGCCAUCUGCUAUAGUAACAUCUUCUGCCCCAAGAGCUUCUUCUAUCCCCAACACAGCAUCGGUCCCUGUGUACUCAGUCACACUCAACACAACAACAAUAUUUGUACCCAAGACAGCCCCGGCUCCUUACACAGCUCGAGCCCCUACGACAGCCCCAGCUCCAGUCAUAGCAACUGCACCCAAAGUUGUCAUGUCAAUGCUUGGCUGGACUCUACCAAAGCCUGCUCCGAUCCCUAAACGAGCUCAUUCUCCAGCAACCUCGUGGAUCGUAUCUUCUGCUUGA